AUGCCAUACAAAAAGAAACCCAUUCGAUUAUCAUUGCAAGAACUUUUAGAAGUUUAUCGCUGGGUAAAAAAUUUCAACCUGUCCAAGGAAAUUAAAAACAUCAACCGAGACCUUUCGGAUGGAGUGCUGGUAGCGGAAAUCAUAAAGCAUCUUUACCCGAAGAUGGUCGAUCUACACAACUACACCAGAUGUAAUGCUACCCGUAGCAAGCGGGACAAUUGGCAGACCCUUAACCGGAAGGUGUUCCACCGAUUGAACAUCUAUCUGGACGACGAAAUGAUGAACGACUUGGCUAGCGGAACCAACGGCAUGCUGGAGGUGCUGCUGUACGAAGUGAUGGCUAAGUAUAGCUUGGAACACAACCCACGCCCUGAUCCGGAAGAGUCUAGAGAAAUUCAAUCAGUGUGA